ACCUCUGACUAAUAUUUCCCACUACAUCUAACGUUAAUGUUUGUUAUUUGGGGGUAAAUAACAAAUUAAAUGUGGCUUUAUUCUCAAAUAAUAAAUAAAUGCCGAGUUUGCCUUUUUCUUCUCGUAGAUUUUGAAUUUCUGACGCGAGUGCUCUUGAAUGUUUGAGACUUAAUGUUUUACGGACAUAAAUAAGUGUUACCCUCUUCGAAGACACAACGAUAUAAGAUGGACCUCCCCCGGUAUAAGUAAAGACGUUACCGUUAGACGUUUGCUACUUAUAUUAGCAAAUAAUUUGGACUUAUUGUAUUUUUAACGUCACAUUAGUUUGAUCACGUUAUAUUUGUGACUUUACAUCAGCGUCUUAUUGAAUCAUCACCGGUCGGUAUCAUGCUGAGUACUUUUAUAACGUUUAUGUUGGCUGAUUAAGCAAAACGUUCAUCUGAUUAUUAUCGGCUUUAUUUUGAGUAACUUAUCAGAAGUUUAUUGCAGAUAAACUAACAAGUACAAGGAAAAGAUCCGGGAAUUAAAGUGUUAGCUCUGCUAGCUAGUUAGCCAGCAAACCGAUCGGAAAUGGUAGCGGGAUUGUUCUCUUGAUCUGACGAUGCUGUUGACAGUUUUGAAAUUUAAACGUGAAGCUCCUCGAGCUGCUGUCGCCUCCACGCUAACCGAAGUUACAACUAACUAGGUUUUCUUAAAUUAUUAUAACUUCAUCCGCUUUAAUAGCGUGUCUGAUUAAUUUUGAGAGUGUGUGAAGCUAAUUAGCUCGCAACAGGGAAAAACUCGGGAGUUGAACUACGAGCAUUGAGCUAACUGAGGUACUUAACGUCUGUCAGGCUGUGUGACGUCAGCUAGCUUGAAGAUGCUAGUGAUGCUCGCUAACUGAAGUAUGAACCAGGAUCAGCUGCUGUUUGUGUUCAGAGCUGCAGGAUGAUCUGUUUGCUAGCUGAGCCUGUUAGCAGCAGCAGGCGGUUGGUGUUACAGCCAUGAAUGCUGAGAGGACAGAAAUCAAAGUUAGAAGAGUUUCCUCGAGGAAAAGGUCGAGGGAGAGCCUGAAGACUCACCUGACACCUGCCAGGAAGAGAGGAGGAGGAGGAGGAGGAGACUCCCGGUCACAGCAAUGUCCCCAACACUGGAGUCUGAGCAGCAUCAUGGCUGAUAUACAAGCUGCUGAGUUCUGCAGUGACAGUGAGGAUUUGUUCGGGGACUAUGACAGCAUCCUGGAGGACAGCUCUCUGCUGGCCAAGCUGGACGAGGCAGAACAAACCGAGAGGCAGCGAGACGUCCGGCCGGCAGCUGUGGAUCCGCCGAACUUCACGUCUCUGCGGCCGCAGAAAGACGCCGUCCGUGAGGACGUCCUCACGGCCUCCAUCUUAGACGGCCUCGGAGACGAAGCCUUCGAGGACUUACCGCCCAGCCAGUGUCAGUUUCAGGAACAAGUCCAGGAGAAUGUAAAGAGGAGCAGACUGGAUGGAGAUAAAACCUCCACACCGGUCAGAGACACUGACGGGACCUCUGAGGAUAAAACCAAGAGACCAGCCAAGGCGAGGAGGAGCGUGGCGGACCAGCUGAAGAGGACGAUGGUCUGUAAUGCAGCAGCUCCCGCCAGCGUUUCACGGAGCAUCGUGCUCAAAGAAGCCGUGGUCACCGAGGAGAUCGGCGUCGCCAUGCAGGCCAUGGAGACCGUGUCUGCCGAGACCACCGACCUCGGGCCGUUCUUUGGACUCCCCUCCAGAGUGAAAGACCUGAUGUACAAACUGAGAGGGAUCAAGACGUUAUAUGACUGGCAGCAGACGUGUCUGAACCUGGACUGUGUUCAGCGGAGGAAGAAUCUCAUCUACUCUCUUCCCACCAGCGGAGGAAAAACUCUGGUGGCAGAGAUCCUCGUCCUCAGAGAGCUGCUGUGCAGGAAGAAAGACUGUCUGUUCAUCUUGCCGUACAUCUCACUGGUGCAGGAGAAGGUCCGCGGGUUAGCGAGCUUCGGCCUGGAGCUGGACUUCAUGGUGGAGGAGUACGCAGGCAGUAAGGGCAAGUUUCCUCCUGUGAAGAGCAGAAACAAGACGUCACUUUACGUUGCUACGAUAGAGAAAGCCCACAGCCUCGUCAACUCUCUGAUAGAGACCGGCAGGAUGGAUCACCUGGGGCUGGUGGUGGUGGACGAGCUCCACAUGUUGGGCGACGGCAGCAGAGGAGCUGUUAUUGAGAUGACUCUGGCUAAAGUUCUCUACAUGAGCAAGACGACGCAGAUUAUUGGGAUGAGCGCCACUCUGGGAAACAUCAGAGACCUGCAGAUGUUUUUAAAGGCUGAAAACUACACCAGCGACUUCAGACCAGUCCAGCUGAAGGAGUACGUUAAACUGAAGGACACCAUCUAUGAAGUGGACCCGAAGGAAGAGGACGGUUUCAGAUUCUCACGUCUUCUCAACUUUAAAUACUCGAGCUCGAUGCAGAAGUUGGACCCGGAUCACAUCAUCGCUCUGGUGACUGAAGUCAUUCCGACACAUUCGUGUCUGGUGUUCUGCCCCACCAAGAAGAACUGCGAGAACGUGGCAGGAAUGAUCUGCAGAUGCCUGAAAGAGGACUUCCUGCAGCACCGGCGGGAGGAGAAGGUCGUCCUCCUCAGAGAGCUGAAGGACAGCGGGAACGGCUCGGUGUGUCCGGUCCUCAGGAGGACCGUCCCCUACGGCCUGGCCUACCACCACAGUGGACUGACCACUGAGGAGAGGAAACUGGUGGAGGAGGCCUACUCCAACGGGGUCCUCUGUCUCCUCACCUGCACCUCCACGCUGGCUGCAGGCAUCAACCUACCUGCCCGCAGAGUGAUCCUGCGCUCGCCCUACGUGGCCACAGACUUCCUGAAGAGGAGCCAGUACAAGCAGAUGGUGGGACGGGCCGGUCGAGCCGGCAUCGACACCGAGGGAGAGAGCAUCCUCAUCCUGCAGGACAAGGACAGAAAUAUGGUUAAAUCACUCGUGUGCGCUCCGAUGGAAAACUGUUACAGCAACCUGAUGCAUGAUGAUGGAAAAGGGCUCCUGAGUCUCCUCCUGUCUCUCAUCGGAUUAAAUAUCACCACGUCUCUGGAUCAGAUCAGAGAGUUCCUGUGUGGGACGCUGCUGUACGUCCAGCAGGCGCAGCUGUGUGUGGAGCAGAGUCUGUGGGAGGUGGUGCAGCGCUGCGUCGGCCUCCUGAAGGACAAAGAUCUCGUCACUGUGGCUGCAGACUGUCACACUCUGCAGGUCACCAAGCUGGGAAAAGCUACGUAUAAAGGCUCAGUGGAUCUGACCUACAGUGACCUCCUCUACAGCGACCUGUCCAAAGGUCUGGACGGUCUGCUGCUCAACAGCUGCCUCCACCUGGUCUACCUGGUCACACCGUACGACAUGAUCUCACAGUGUAAUCCUGACUGGAUGUUGUUCUUCAGACAGUUCACGCUGCUGUCGGCUGCAGAGCAGAAGAUGUCAGCCGCCGUCGGAGUGCCCGAGAGUUUUGUUGCAAGAAAAGCUGCAGGACAGACGGUGAAAAAGAGCGUGAACAUGGAGGUGGUGAGGCGGAUGUAUUUGGCUCUGGUGCUGUUCACUCUACUGAAGGAGACCAACCUGUGGAUCGUGGCCGACAAGUUCCAGCUGAGCCGAGGCUUCAUCCAGACUCUGCUCAGCUCGUCCUCGGCCUUCUGCUCCUGCGUGCUGCACUUCACUGAGGAGCUGGAGGAGUUCUGGCCCUUCAAAGCUCUGCUGACGGAGCUGACGCGGCGGCUGAGCUACUGUGUGAAGGCUGAACUCAUCCCUCUGAUGGAGGUGGCCGGAGUGAUGGAGGUCAGUGCUGAUCACACGUGUCCGACACAUUUCAUCAGCUUCAUCAUUGGUGGAAAUCCUGCUGGAAAACACAGCAUAGACCAGCACCAGAACACAAGCUGGUCUUGCUGGUUCCCCAGUGGGCUUCAGAACCGGUACACUGAACAACAUCCUCUGUUACUUCACAUGUGGAGAGAAGAAACGUUGAAACGGGAGAUAAAGAUGGACGAGGAGAUGAUGUCACAUGAACAGUUUACAGUCACGAGCGAAGCAGCUUUACAACGCCGGCUACAAAACGCUGACUCACCUGGCCAACGCCGACCCUGCGGUUCUGUCCAAGACGAUAGAAAACCUGUACAAGAAACAAGCGGAUCAGAUCGUGGCCUCCGCUAAGAUGCUGCUGAAUGAAAAAGCUGCAGCUCUGCAGGAGGAAGUGGACGAGCUGCUGAUGGUUCCGUUGGAUCUGCCCGCUCCUGUGAAAACCCAACAACUGACCUGAGUUUAUUUAUUCCAGAGGAGUUUUAUUCUCCUUGUAAACUUUGUGUUUUUUUAAUACUUAAUUUGUUUGAAUGUAAAUCUGAUUAAAAUAAUGAACAGCAACGACUCGACUUGAAUUAUUUAUGAGCCUCCGACUCACAGCUGGAUUCUGGAGAACUGACCCGCCUCACAGAUCUGCUGACCUGGACUCUGAUCAGUGUGACAUGAAGUUCACAGUUCAGAUCAGCUGCUAACUGAUCGUGGAUCUGCUGUGUUGCUAACUGUGAAGCUGAUGUUAGUGUGAUUUGUAUUUAUUGUUAUUUAUAAAUAAAAGUAAAUAAAUUUUAUGUUUGAUUUCUGA